AAAACAGACCAAGCCGGAAACGUCCGCGAAAACACAGUGAACAAUCACGAUCGAACGCAGAGGCAGAGCCGCCCGUCGCUGGAGCGCCGUGCUACCGCUAUCGCCGACCGCCGAGCAGCGCCGCUACCAUCGCCGGCAGCCGCCGACGCCCCUCUUGCCGCUGACGCCCCUCCUGCCCUCGACGCACAGGCCGCCGUAGAAUCGGCAGAUCGGGGCCGUUGGACGCCACAUCGCCGCUGGGCUGAUCCGCCGGUCGAAUGAAGAAGUCGGCCGAUGGCCGGUGAAGGGGGGGACGGUGGAACACGAAUCGAAGGAGUGUACACAAAGAAAACGGUAGGCGAUUAUGUUGAUAAGUGUUAAGAUUUGAUAAAAGACCAUGUUUGGCCCACUGUUGCUGCUGGCACAACAUUUGAGUUGAAUUUUACUGUUCAAAUUAAUAAUGAAGUAGGUAACAGGUGGCAUGUUAAGGGGGAACUACCUAAUCAAUCACCCUGUACUGUCUGGAGGCUGUGCAAUGAAGAGGCUAAUCAUGAUUUGAUUUCUAAAUGCUACAGGGAAGGUCACUGUUCAAUGGUAAAAAUAUAUGGUAUGACUAAUCCAAAUGAACAGGGAUUUUUCCUGAUAGUUUCGGAGCCUAUUAAGCACGACAUGAGGACUUAUUUUUCUUUGGCAAAUAGAGCUAUACUUGCGUUGAAUGACGAGUCUCGAUUUCUACGUCCUUUUAGGUCGUUGUUAGACAGGAUCAAUGCCCUACUUCAUAUUAAUGAUGAUUUUGUAUUGAGGCCUAUAGAUGUGUUAAUGAUUGAAACGUCUGGAGGUAGUUUUGAAUUUAAGAUUGGGUUUAUAUCACCCAACCCUCAAAUUGGUCCAAACUUAUCUUCCAUGGAGUAUGCUUCACAAAUUGUCCGUGGGUGGAUUAAUAUUCCUACUAAUAGACUCUCAAACGACAUGAAAUUACUACUUGCUGUGAUGGGAAAUUAUAACCCAGCAUGCAAAUACAAUUUAAAAAUGCUUUGUAGGUCACCGGUGUUUUAUGUUAAUAAAAAGGAGGCCCUGAUUGACUUUGUUAUAAAGCUUCAUCGGGUUAUGAUUAAUCAAAGUUCAAGUAUCAAUACUGCUGUUCACAAGAAAUUGGUACAAGCAUUUCAAAUUAUGAAUAUUCGUAAUAUUUUUAGCACAUCUUGUAAGUGGUAUAGCAUAGGACAUGCUAGUGCUGAGAUCCGGGAUUGCAUAAAUGCUAAACCAAGUUCAGUAGUCAACAGAGUGACGCACAUGGUCCGAGGGAUAAGAAACAUAGUGGUCCACAUUUUCCCGCAUGCAAAAGAUUGUUUAGAUUAUGCUGUGGUUUAUGAUGGUAUCGAACAGAUGAGCCCGGGCUGCUGGGCUGCCCUUCAUUUUGCAGCCCUGGAAAUAUUGCCACAUGAGUUUACUGAAGAUUAGUUGUAUUUUCCAGUUUUGCUCCUCCUCCUCCUGCGUUGCUGAGCUUGCAGUGAAGCCGGAGGGCCUAUCUGACUGCUGGUUCCUCUACUCUAUUUUCUUUUCCUCUUCACCAAGUUGGAAAUUACAAAGCUGGUCUCUGGCAUGUUAUAUUCCGGCUACAUGUUGAUUCAGUCAUAUGCCUUGUUCAUUUUAACCAAACGGGACAAUUGGCUUUUAUGCUUCUGGUUUGUACUCAAUUACUAGUGAUGAAGUUGAUUGAUAAGCAUUUUCUUGUCUUAGGAUUUGUCUGAUCUUGGUUAUGAAUAUUUUAGAUUCCAUUUCUUUAACUACUGCCUUUAAACUUAAAAGGAUACUUUUUUAGCUUCUGUUGAUACUCAACAUUUUGAUAAAUGUCCAGUUUAAGAUUCAGACUAGAUGGAUGUCUUGUAAGAAGAGUAUUGAAGGAAAAAUUUUGGAUUUCUGACCA